GAAAUUUUCUUUUGAUGUGCAGCGCUGGACUUAAUUAAAAAUGUCCAGGUGCAAGCAAUCAUAGGACCAGAUAAUUCAAUGCAAGCAAACUUCAUGAUAGACCUCGGAAACAAAUCUCAAGUGCCUAUCAUCUCUUUCUCAGCAACGAGUCCAUUCCUUUCCUCCCUGAGGAGUCAAUACUUUUUUCGAGCAACCCAGAACGACUCAUCUCAGGUCAAAGCCAUUAGUGCCAUUGUUCAAGCCUUUGGAUGGCGAGAAGUCGUGCCCAUAUAUGUAGACAAUGAGUUUGGAGAAGGGGUUAUUCCUUACUUAUCCGAUGCUUUGGAAGAGGUUAACGCUCGGAUUCCUUACAGGAGUGUUAUCUCUCCUGAGGCCAUCGAUGAGGAAAUUAGAAGAGAGCUGUACAAACUAAUGUCAAUGCAGUGUAGAGUGUUCAUUGUUCAUAUGGUCCCAGAUCUUGGCCUCCGAGUUUUUGACAUAGCAAAAGAGAUUGGAAUGAUGGAUGAAGAAUAUGUCUGGAUAAUAACUGAUGGGAUGACUAAUCUUUGGAGUAUGAUUGAUCGUUCUGAUAUGGAUUCCAUGCAGGGGGUAUUGGGUGUAAGGAUUUAUAUUCCGGAAUCGAAAGAGUUUGACACUUUUAAGGUACGAUGGAAAAGGGAAUUCGUUCAAAAUAAUCCGAGUAUGGUGAAUGCUGAAUUGGACAUUUUUGGAUUAUGGGCUUACGAUGCUAUAUUUGCACUGGCCAUGGCGGUGGAGAAACUUGGCACAGAAAAUUUCAGCUUUGAUGCGUCACGUGUUUCAGAAAGUGCAAGAACAGAUCUUGAAUCUUUUGGGGUUUCUGAAAUUGGUCCAAAACUCAUCAAGGCUUUGUCAAGUACGAGAUUUAAAGGCCUCAGUGGAGAAUUUGGGUUUAUUAAUGGGCAACUUGAGUCCCCAAUUUUCCAAAUUGUUAAUGUAAAUGGAAAUGGUGAAAGAAGGAUUGGGUUCUGGACGUUAAAGUAUGGACUAGUUAAAAGACUAAAUUUUACAAAUGUAACAGGGUAUUCCACUUCUAAGGCCAAUCUUGGAACCAUCAUAUGGCCGGGGGAUACACAUUCCACUCCUAAAGGCUGGGAGAUUCCGACCAAAGGGAAGAGGUUAAAGAUUGGAGUACCAGUGAAGACUGGAUUUAGUGAAUUCGUCAAGCUUCCGCCCUGUACAGGUCCCAAUUCUACAGUCGUCCCCACCGGUUACUGCAUAGAUGUCUUCAAUGCUGUCAUGGAGGCAAUGCCAUAUGGCGUCCCUUUUGAUUUCUAUGCCUUUGAAAAUGCUGACCAGGAGAUGGCUGGAACUUAUAACGACCUAAUCGAUCAAGUCGUCUAUGGAAAAUAUGAUGCAGUGGUAGGAGACAUUUCCAUAAUCGCCAACAGAUCAUUUUACGUUGACUUUACAUUACCGUUCACCGAGUCUGGAGUGGUAAUGGUAGUUCCUAUCAGAGAUGGAUCGAACAAGAAUGCAUGGGCGUUCUUGAAGCCUUUGACAUGGGAUCUCUGGGUCACUAGCGGUUGCUUCUUCGUCUUCAUUGGGUUUGUCAUAUGGAUUCUUGAGCAUAGAAUCAAUGAAGAUUUCCGUGGACCGCCUUUGCAUCAUGUUGGAACUAGCUUCUGGUUCUCCUUUUCGACCAUGGUUUUUGCACAUCGGGAAAGGGUGGUAAGCAAUCCAGCGAGGUUUGUGGUGUUGAUAUGGUGCUUUGUGGUACUCAUUCUCACGCAGAGCUAUACUGCCAGUUUAGCUUCUCUUUUAACCGUUCAACAGCUGCAACCUACAGUGACCGAUGUGAAUGAACUGUUAAGGAGAAGGGAGAAUGUUGGGUACCACAAUGGCUCCUUCGUCAAGGGAAUAGUCCGCAGGUUGAAAUUUGAUCCAUCAAAGAUGAAGACAUUUAAUUCACCGGAGGAGCUCGAUGAACUUUUUACCAAUGGAAGUGCCAAUGGCGGUAUCGCAGCUGCUUUCGAUGAAAUUCCAUACAUGAAGCUAUUUCUUGAAAAAUAUUGCAACAAAUACACCAGCGUAGAGCCAACUUUUAAGACCGAUGGCUUUGGAUUUGUCUUCCCAAAAGGUUCUCGUCUUGUAUCGGAUGUGUCGAGGGCAAUCUUAACAAUCAUGGAGGGUGAGAAAAUGAAAGAAAUUGAAAAUAAAUGGUUUCCAAAACAAACUAAUUGUCCAAAUUCAAGUACUUCGAUUUCUUCUAAUAGCCUGAGUCUGGGAAGCUUUUGGGGCCUCUUCCUUAUUGCUGGGGUUGCUGCAGUAUUAGCUCUUAUCAUAUCUGCUGGGGAGUUUCUGUAUAUGCAAAGGGAUGUCUUGUGCAUCCCUGGAAUUUCAGUCUGGAGAAGAAUCCUUCAAGUGUUAAGAAACUUUGACAAGAAAGACCUGACCUCUCAUACCUUUAGGCAGAGUGAUUUAAAAGAAAGAAGUUGCCUUGAUAGUGUUCAAAUCAUAGGAGCUAUUGAAGUCUCUGUUGAAGCCUCGCCAAACACCAACUGUCCGCCAAGUCCAUCAAACUCAGACCCGAUAGAUUUGAGCUUGACUUUCUUUGGUGAGCAGGGAAGUCCUUCCACUGACAAUAAUUUAGGCAGCACAACAUCUCCAGAAAUAGAAAUUUAGCUUUCUAACACAAAUAACUCAUGAAAAAGAAGUUGGCAUUGAUGUUUCCGUAUAGCUCUAAUGAUGCAUCCAUGGUAUUAAGGAUGUACUAUCAACCAUAUAGUCUGGUGUUAAAGUUAAUUGUACUUUUAGCCACAACUCUAAGAUUCAAACUCUAGUCUCUAUACAUUAAAAAUAAAAAAAUGUGUUAAAG